AUGCUGAGAGAAAAGCUGAGGAAGCGUGAGCAGCAGCUCAAGGAGUAUUUCGCAGGGCGGAGAGAAAGGAUGAGUAUCAUGGCUGGGUUGGAGCUGGCGUUGUCUGGAGAGGUUCCAUCACCUCACUUGUCGGCGCGGAUUAAGACGCGGAAGUCCAGAACACAAAUUGCGGAGGUUGCUGUUCCCGGGGGGGUGGUAUCGGGGCCGAAGCAGAUACUAAAAGCGGCGUCUGGCUACUUUCGUAGCCUUUUCGGUGAAGAUAAGCGCACUGCGAUCUCUGACUGGGUACCCGCUGCAGGAAAGAAGCUAAUGUAUUCCGACACUGAGAUGCUGCAAGAGGAGUGGACGGAGAAGGAGGUCAGAACAACAUUACAUGAGAUGGCGAGCAACAAAACGCCGGGGAAGGAUGGCUUACCAAAGGAAGUGUUUGAGCUGCACUGGGACAAGCUUGGGAAGCAUGUCAUGGAGCUGGUCCGGGAGUUCAGCCAGUCCUCUUCACUCCCUACCAGUGUUAAGGAUGCGGUGACGAUCCUUCUGCACAAAAAGGGAGCGAAGGAGCAGUUAGAUAACUACCGUCCCAUCACGCUGCUGAACAUCAGCUAUAAGCUACUGGCGCGAGUUCUGGCGAGCAGAAUUAAAAAGGUCCUGCACAGGGUGAUUUCACGGGAGCAGUUUGGCUUUAUCCCGGGAAGGCGCAUCUCGGAUGCGGUGGGUUUGGUCGCUGAUGUCAUCGAUGCAGCCAGAAAUGGGAACGAAGACUGGUACAUGCUGCUCGUCGAUUUUAAAAAAGCGUUCGACUUGGUGUCUCGGAACUUCAUCCUUGAGGUGAUGGAGAAAAUGGGGUUCCCGGCCCGCUAUGUUGGAUGGGUGAGAGGCCUGCACAUGAACACGAGAACGAACUUGUUGAUCAACGGCUGGUUGGGUGACGCGGUGGAAGUAGUCUCGGGGGUCAGGCAAGGCUGCCCCUUGGCAUCUUACCUCUUCCUCUGUGCAGUGGAACCACUGGCGCAGAUGGUCAUGAAGCGGAAGCUGGGUAUCUCCCUCACCAGCUGCGUCGGGCAGAAGCUGUCAUAUGUCGGUUAUGCUGACGAUACAACUCUCCUUCUGCAAGGGAAGCAACAAAUUGGCAGGGCGGAAGAGGAGUUGGAGAAGUUUAAGAAUAUUUCCGGCCUGGAGAUGAACGUGGACAAGUCAGUGGUGAUGCCCUUAGGGGCUAACCUGGGGAAAAAGUCUUGGCGCUCGGAUGGUUUUCGCUGGGCGGAGAAAGAUGAAGCGGAAAGGCUCCUAGGGGUUUGGAUUACGCCGAGCGGAAGCUGCCAGCCGACAUGGGAUAAGGCGCUGCAGAAGAUGGUUGCGAAGAUGUCGUUAUGGCAGCCGCAAUAUCUCCCGAUUAAGGCUCGGACGGCGGUGAUGGACGGCUACAUACUGCCGAUCGCAUGGUCGCAGGCGCAGGUCUAUCCUCCUCCGGCGCAAACCUGGGGGGUCAUUACUAAGAUGACUCACAACUUCAUGUCAGCCAACAAAGCUUCAUCGGAGAACUGUUUCCGUCUCUGGAGCAAGGAACUGCUAUUUACGCCGGUUCUGGAAGGAGGUGUGGGGGCGAUGAACCCAGAAGCGAUGCUUACCUGUCUGACGGCUCGGAGGAUAGCGUUGACGCUCACGGAAACAGAUCAGCUGAAGAGAGCAUUGAUGCGGCAAGCGGCUGACCUACCACGUGGGCUGGAGACUUUCGCGGCACAUGUGAAGCUACUAAAAACAUGGGAGGGGAAAAGCCAGAGGUGGAUGUUGGCAUGCGCGAACUUCAUGCACUCUCCGCUGGCGGAUUCUACUGAACAACGGGAUUUGAAGGAGCUGUUGCUGGAGAGAAUCACUUUUAACAGACACGUCCUCUUGAACGGCUCCACACCGGUGGGAGGACAGAAGGCGGUGAAGCAGCUUCAUAAUAUCAGGUUGGGUGACCUUCUUGGGAGAGAUACGGCAGGGCGAGGAGUGCUGAAAAGCUGUGAAACCCUAACGAGGGAGCUGAGAGGGAAGGAUUCUGCAAACCUCGCGCUCAAAGCUUUUGCUGCAGCACCGGCGUCAUGGAGGAGUCAACUCCUCUCUGACGUGCUUCCGAACGUGGGGUUCGCGGAGGAGUAUGAGCUGGGGAGAGGGGGACCUUCACAGCUCCGGAUGAAGCUGCUAGCGGAAGGGGGGGCAGUUCCACUAAAGACACUCAGGAAGCACUGGAGGCUUGGGGACAGUGGAAAAACUAGACGGGAGAGAUGGGCAAGCCGUUGGGGGGGUAGCAUUGAUUGGAAACGGGCAGUCCAAAUUCGCGAGUCGCUGGUCACCCCCAGCCGGUCGAGGGAUGUCUUGCUACGUAUCCACUGCCUUAAUCUUCAGGUCGGGGAGAGGCUGGAGUUCCUCAGCAGCAAACCGGGCGCAGGGGGGGCCAGUGGGGGCGGUGGAGGUGGUGGUGGAGGCAGUGGAGGGGGUGGGGGUGGUGGUGGGAGUGGUGGCGGGGGUGGAGGUGUCGGUGGCAGCAGUGGAGGCGGAGGAGGCGGCGGUGGUGGCGGAGGGAGCGGAGGCGGCGGCGGUGGCGGAGGCGGCGGAGGUGGCGGAGGCGACGGAGGUGGCGGUCUGCGCCAGCAGUAG